AUGCAUUCAGCUCGUAUCCGACUCGGCGGAGUAUGGAAUAAGCAUGAAAUCGAAGAAUACGUGGACAGCCUAAUGAUAUCACGUGGUCUUGCCCAUGUUCAGCACCACCUGGUGGGCAGCCCGGAUAACAGGCAGAUAUCUAGAGGGCAGCGAAAACGGGUCAAUGUCGGUCUCGAGCUAGCGGCCGCACCUAGCAUGUUGAUUCUCGAUGAACCCACGUCGGGCUUGGAUACUACAACAGCACUCUUCCUCAUUAUGUCCUUGAAGGCGUUGACUCAACGGGGUAUGGCGGUUAUCUGCGUUGUUCAUCAGCCACGCGUUGAGAUCUUUGAGGCCUUUGACCAGCUUAGGCUCUUGGAUUCGGGAAAGCAGGUAUACCUUGACAGGGCAACAGACGCGUACCAACGGAUCGCAGGACCUGGGAAAGAUCUAUCAAAGACCUACAAUCCAGCUGAUAUGAUAAUGAACCUACUCUUGUCUCCCAAUAGCUCCAAAGUCUUCAAUGCAAGGCACCCUGGCAUGUUCAAGUUUAUCUCAACUUACUGCGAGGAUGUGCCGCCGGACCAGCAGGUGUUCAAACGUCUGGAAACGAAACUCUGGCAUUUGGAGGCUCUUUUCAGUGAGUCUACUGCUCCUCAGUCUCAUAUCUACAGCCUCGCACCCGCUGCAGAGGAAACUGGUUAUACCUUUGGAAGAACAAACUUCGACUUUGGAGAUGUGGCCGGUGAUUAA